AUGAAUCAGAUCAGACAACCGAAAUUGCUUCAGUUCCUAGCUGCGAAAACUGUAGCAAAACACGUAGACGAGUACAUUAAAAUACACAAUCUUGAAAUUCCUAAAGUGUGCAAGGACGCAAUACAAGAGAUCUGGUUUGAUUAUCCCGCGUACGCAAGUGUGUUGAACCUUGAUGGAAUAGAGUUUCCAAUGACGUUGCAUCAAAUCACGCGUUUCGAACGCAACAACAACGUGUCCGUAAACGUGUUUACGGCAGCGGAACAGGGACGCGAAUACGUGCCGCUGCAUCUCACAUCAAACAAGAAGGACAAGCAUGUAAAUCUGUUGUAUGUUCCCGAUCAACAAGAUCAACAAGGACACAACUGUUUAACAUUUGAGAAUUACAACAACAAGGAACGGGUUCCAAUGGUGGUGUACGCCGACUUGGAGUGCGUACUCGAGAAACAAGACAAAGAGGAGAACGCAACGAGCGCGCACAAGUACCAAAAACACAGUGCGUUCAGCAUCGGUUAUUACGCGAGCUGCGAGCACAUAGACAUCGGAUACAGAUCUCACAGAGGUGAGAACUGUGUGCAGUGGUUUGUAAACAAACUGCACGAUCUCGCGAAACGUGCGAAGACCUUGUUCGCGACAAAUGUACCCAUGGCGAAUCUCACACCGGCGGAGCUCGAGCGGUUUAGGAACGCCGAGUGUUGCCACGUCUGCGAACAACCGUUCNAGCGAGAUGACACGAGAGUGCGCGAUCACUGUCAUCUGACGGGACGCUUCAGAGGACCCGCGCACUCCGCGUGCAAUCUCAAUUACAAACAGGUCUACGUUGUUCCUGUUGUGUUCCACAACUUAUCGGGAUACGACGCGCAUUUUAUUAUCAAGGAUGUGGCCAACGCUUUCGAGGGUGAGAUCAACGUGCUGCCUGUGACAAAAAAGACCUACAUAUCGUUCACGAAACAUGUGAGCAGUACUCGUUUGCCGCCGCGCGAGGCGUUUUGCAGUUUGCUGACCGGUGAAACUGUGACGGAGAGCGAGUACGCGCACGCGACGAACGUCUGGCAACGAUUUAACAUCGACAAUUUGGGAUCUUACAGCGAUUUGUAUUUGAAGACAGAUGUACUUUUGCUGGCUGAUGUAUUCAAAAACUUUCGUCGCGAAUGCCUCGCGAGUUACGGACUGGAUCCCGCGCACUACUACACGCUGCCGGGAUAUACAUGGGACGCCAUGUUGAAGCACACUUGUGUGACGUUCGAGCUGUUGACUGACAUCGACAUGGUGAUGUUCGUGGAACGCGGCAUACGCAGUGGUUUGAGUCAAUGUUCGAACAGAUACGCCCGCGCCAACAACAGGUACGCGCAAUCGUACGAUCCAUUCGAACCGUCGUCGUAUCUGAUGUACUACGACGUUGACAAUCUCUACGGAUGGGCGAUGUGUCAACCGCUUCCAUAUGGUAACUUUGCGUGGGUGGAGAACGCGUACGAGUUUGAUGUGACGACGGUCGCCGCGGACAGCGACGUUAGCUACAUACUCGAGGUCGAUCUGACGUAUCCGAAAGAACUGCACGACGCGCACAGAGACCUGCCUUUUUGUCCAACNCGUGAGGAGCCGCCUGGUAAACAUGGAAAGAAUCACAUCAAAUUGCUCGCUACUGUGUUCAACAAGAAGCGAUAUGUAAUUCACUACCUGAACCUGCAGCAAUGUCUGCGAUACGGGCUUCAUCUGACGCGAAUACAUCGAGUACUGCGGUUCUCGCAAUCGCCUUGGCUGCGCGGAUACAUCAAACUAAAUACCCGAUUCCGCGCGAACGCCACCAACAAGUUUGCAAAAAAUCUAUACAAACUCAUGAACAACGCGGUGUUCGGCAAGACUAUGGAGAACGUGCGCAAGUACACCGACGUACGACUNGUUACAAAAUGGGAAGGACGAUGCGGUGCGGAAGCGCUAUUUGCAAUACCAAACUUCCACAGCCGCAGCGUGUUCGCUGAAGAUUUAGUGGCCAUAAAACUGCGUCGUCUGGAAGUUUUAUUUAACAAACCGUUGUACGUCGGUAUGUGCAUACUUGACAUAUCAAAGACUUGUCUAUACAAAUUCCAUUACGACUACAUGGCACCGUUGUACGGUUACGAUUGCAAGAUCCUCUACACCGAUACCGAUAGUUGA